AUGGCCCAAAAGUUCCUCAUCAAAUUCUUUCCGCCCUCCAAGACGUCUCAACUGAGGGCUGAGAUUACUCAAUUUUGGCAGUUUGAGUAUGAACAAUUAUAUGAGCCAUGGGAACGGUUUAAAGAGAUGCUCCGCAAGUGUCCUCAACACGCGGCUGGUGGGACCAUCUUGUCAAAGACACCCGGGGAUGCACUCAAUCUCUUUGAGGACAUGGCAAUGAAUAGUUGUCAAUGGCAAAACGAGCGGUCCACUGUGAAGAGAGCAACAGGAAUUUAUGAUGUGGAUCAAACGACGUCUCUCAUGGCUCAAAUGGCGCUCUUGACUAAUCAAAUCCAGGGACUUACCGCAGCCAAUGCCAAUGGUAAUCAAGAAGCUGUAAAGAUGGCACAAGCUUCGAGCUCAAGUGAUUCAUAUGAUGAGCAAUGUCACUUCGUCAACUGUAGCUACAAUUUUAGGCCCAACAACAACUUACCGACAUACUAUCAUCCCGGGCUCAGAAACCAUGAGAAUUUCUCUUAUGCCAACAACCGGAAUGUUUUACAACCAACUCUGGAGUCGAGUAAACCGGCAAUGGAAAAGCCUUCCUCAUCACUUGAAGAGCUUUUGAAGACGUAUAUUGUGGACUCUAAGGCUCGUCUUGAUCAACAUGACGCUCGUCUCAACAACAUUGAAACUCACUGCACCAAUUUGGGAGGCACUAUGAAGGCACUAGAAACACAAGUUGGCCAAUUGGCUAAUGCUAUAAAAGGGCAAUCAUCAAGGUCCUUCCCAAGCGACACCGAGAAGAUCCCAAGGGAGUGCAAGGCCAUCACAUUGAGGAGUGGUAAAGAGCUUGAAAGCCUGAGUGUUCAAAAUGCCAUGGUUGAUGAGGAGCCUAUCAAGAGCAACGAUGAUGGUAAGGACAAGUCAAAGGAGGAAAAUUUGAAGGCGAAGAAGGAAGCACCGGUGGUUACACUGGGUUCGAUCACUUUUCCGGAUAACCCACCUCGUAUCACUCCCCCAUUGCCAUUCCCUCAACGGUUCCAGAAGAAUGCGCUUGACGAGCAAUUUGAGAAAUUUCUCAAUAUCUUCAAGAAGAUCCACAUCAACAUCCCCUUCGUGGACGCUCUAGAGCAAAUGCCAAACUAUGCCAAAUUCAUGAAGGAAGUUAUGUCCAAGAAGCGCAAACUCGAGGACUAUGAAACGGUGAAGCUUACGGAAGAGUGUAGCACUAUCAUAAAGAGACAACUACCGAAGAAGUUGAAAGAUCCGGGUAGUUUUACCAUCCCAUGCAUCAUUAGAGAACUUCAUAUUGAGAAGGCCUUGUGUGAUCUCGAGGCUAGCAUCAAUCUCAUGCCUCUCUCUAUCUUCCGGAAGCUGGACCUUGGAGAGAUCACACCUACCACCAUCUCAUUACAAUUGGCGGACCGCUCUCUCACCUACCCUAAAGGUAUUAUCGAGGAUGUCUUGGUUAAAAUUGUUCAUCUUCCCAGUUGA